AAAACCUCCAAAGCCAGACAGGUUCCAGUUAUACUUUUACCCAACUCGCUCACUCUCUCUCACUUUCCUCUCUAAACCCAAAUUUCAAAUCCAGAUCUGUUCCUACACAAUGCAGCUCCGUCCGGCAACCACCGCCGGCGCCUUGGUCCUCUCCGUCGUCGUCUUCCUCUUCUCCGUCGCCCACGCGCACAACAUCACGCGCAUGCUGGCCAAGCACCCUGAGUUCUCCACCUUCAACCACUACCUAAGCUUGACCCACCUUGCCGCCGACAUCAACGACCGCACCACCAUAACCGUCUGCGCCGUCGACAACUCCGCCAUGUCCGCCCUCCUCGCCAAGCACCUCUCCAUCUACUCCAUCAAGAACAUCCUCUCCCUCCACGUCUUGCUCGACUACUUCGGCGCCAAGAAGCUCCACCAGAUCACCAACGGCACCGCCCUCGCCGCCACCAUGUUCCAGGCCACGGGCUCCGCCCCCGGCUCCGCCGGCUUCGUCAACAUCACCGACCUCAAGGGCGGAAAGGUCGGAUACCCCGAGGACAACGACGGCUCCUUCGCCGCGCAUUUCGUCAAGUCCGUCGACGAACUCCCCUACAACAUCUCCGUCAUCCAAAUCAGCAACGUCCUCCCCUCCGCCGCCGCCGAGGCUCCGACGCCUGGCCCCGCCGAGGUCAAUCUCACCGGGAUCAUGUCGGCCCACGGCUGCAAGGUCUUCGCCGAGACGCUCUUGGCCAACCCCGACGCGUCCAAGACCUUCAACGAAGCCGUCGACGGCGGGCUGACCGUGUUCUGCCCCGGCGACGACGCUUUCAAGGGCUUCCUGCCGAAAUACAAGAACCUCUCGGCGCCCGGAAAAGCUGCAUUGCUGGAGUACCAUGCCGCUCCGGUGUACCAGUCCAUGCCGAUGUUGAAGUCCAACAAUGGGUUGAUGAACACUUUGGCCACCAACGGAGCGGAGAAGUACGACUUCACCGUCCAAAACGACGGUCAGGCGGUGACCCUCAAGAACAAGCUAGUGACGGCCAAGAUCAUCGGCACGCUAAUCGAUGAGCAGCCCCUUGCUAUAUAUACUAUAAACAAGGUUUUGACGCCCAAGGAGCUGUACAAGGGAGCGACUCCAACUCCGGCGCCGGCUCCGGCACCAGAGAAAGCCGCCGACGCUCCCAAGAGUUCCAAGGAGGCGCCGUCCCCCGAUGACGCCGAUUCCCCGGCUGACUCGCCGGAAGACGACCCGGCCGAUCAGACUGCUGACGACAGUGGAGCCUUUGCGUUGGGAAGAGUGGGGUUUGGGGGUUUGAUUCUCAGUGUGUGCCUUGGCUUUUCACUGUUGUAAGUUUUUAUUUUUUAUUUUUUUACUUACUGGGAAAUAAGUGAGGCAGUUUGAGAUAAUUUUUCAUUUCUUUCAAUUGUUUGUGUGUGAUUUUUAUUUUUGUGUAAUCUGUGGGGGGAAAUUUGUAAGGUUUUGAUUUUGGUUUGUUGGUGUAAGUUUGGCUAGAACUUGUUGGUAGAUUUUAUUUUGUUCUAUAUACACACUUAGCCCCGUAUGGUUGACAAGAAUGUCAAAAUAGGAAAAUGAUUUAUUUU